ACUGAGGACUACUAUGGGAUUCUGCCUUCUACGACCCCUCUGAUUCGAACCUCGGGGGCAUUCCUCCGGCUCUGCCGCGUAAACCUUCGACCUCGAUCUCAGCUCAACGAUCUCGCGUCGAAGUUCACCUUGCACAUCCGCCCAACGCCAAUUACAUUUCGCAGACGGACUGCAGCUCUGAGACACCUUGAGGAGAAUGGGCCGGAUCUUUUGACUUUAAUUUUUCCCAGAUCCUCGGGGCUGGUCGUUGAUGGUCAAUGCUGUUAGAGUUGCGCCAUCUUGAGAUCUAUGAACAGCGCGCGACACAUGCAUCUCGUUCGCACCCGGCCUUUGCUCAAGGAAUCGGCUCAUUGGAAAGAGUCAAGAUGAGAAUUCCAAUUCGAAUACAGCUUGGAGUGUUUGUCCUGCUCUGCGCUUUGGUACCUCUAGCUGUAUUAGCUAUUGCGGUUUGGAUCAAUAAUUACCAAUUCGUCGUUGGCGUCACCUCUAAUUCUCUCACUCUGACCGCAAGUCUCAAGGCUGCCGAGAUCGCGAGUGACCUGUUGUUGAUACAAAGCACAUGUGCUACGAUAGUAACAAGAAUUCUGCUGCAAAAAGCAUUGAAGAAUUUUUACGCAGGCAAUACCUCGGAUACCAACUUCUCUGCGGCUUAUAGCGAUGUCCAAAGUGCUCUUGCAAGUGGAGGCUUCUCGUCUCUUCUCCAAGUCCAGGUCUACUCAAGAAACGAUACUAGUAGCUCGAGUGCGCUCCUUAGUGCGACCGCUAAUACGACAGGCAUCGAGUUGCCUUCCCAAUAUCCUAAUGGAACUUAUGCCGUGCUUGGCGAUAAUACAAGUCUUGGAUACCCCGCGGCACUCUAUCCAAACAUCACCUACACCACCACGGGCACUCCCGAUAUCAUUGAUCCCGCAAUCAAUGCAACUACUGCCAGUGCCUUUGCCGAUUUUCCCCUAAAUGCAUCUUCAUAUCUUCUGCUUGGACCGCUUUCGAUCAACGACAGUUAUGCUCUGGUUUCUCUCACCUUACCUAUCGUUGACAACUCUCAAGCUGGCAAUGUUCUUGGCUAUAUGACUGUUGUGGCUGCUGCCUCAUCUAUUAUCACUGUGACGCAGUCUCGUGAAGGAUUGGCAAAUACAGGCAUAGUGACAAUCAUCGGACCCAGUCGAAGAGAGAACCAGUUCAAGUAUGCCCAACGACCAGCAACCGCAAUUUAUGCUCCCACAGUAGCAGACAACGGUGAUGCUGAGGUCAAAUACAUCCUGCCUCCCUUGAACGUUACGUCAACCGACCGCCAUUCAGUUUACAACCACAACCUCACUCAGUAUGGUUCCUCGAAUUUCACUUUGAAGCAGUUUCCUGCCGCUUUAAAUGGAUUCUCCAGGCAAACUAAGUCUCCAAACAAUGCCAGCAGCAUGCUCUCUACCACUAACGAGCAAGGCGUAAGUGUUGCCGUAGGAUAUGCUAGACCCCAAAGCAGCCUUGUCAGUUGGCUUCUUAUUGUUGAGCAAAGCCACGGAGAAGCUUGGACGCCAAUCAAUCACCUGAGAAACAUAGUCCUAGCUUGUGUCUUUGGAACGUUUGGCUUCAUUCUACUGAUCGUUGUUCCCAUGGCGCAUUUCAGCGUCCGUCCUAUUAGGAGAUUGCGAGACGCAACGAAGAAAUCUAUUGCACCUCCUGGUUAUACUCCAAAUGGAAGCAUUCAUUCUGAAGAGAUCGUUGAUGAAAAUGGAGAUUUGGAGCGCAGCACGUCUCAAAAAUCAAAGAAGGGGAUUCUUGUUAGAUUGAGAAAUCUAGGCCACAGGCGGAAGACUCCCACAGAAAAGGAUGAAGAGGAGAGGAGGAGAAGUUUCAAGAUCCCUGCCAAAGUUCCUAGCAGGAAGCACUGGAUUACUGACGAAUUGACGGAACUCACAGAAACCUUUAACGAUAUGUCAGACGAGCUAAUGCUGCAAUACACAGGUUUAGAAGAGAAGGUUCAAGAACGGACUGCUGAGUUGGAUGUAAGCAAAAGAGCCGCAGAAGCUGCUAACGAAAGCAAAACACUGUUCAUUGCGAACAUUUCGCAUGAACUCAAGACUCCACUGAACGGUGUUUUGGGUAUGUGUACAGUCAUGAUGCAUGAAGACAACCUAGAGAAGAUCAAGAGAGGCCUUUCGAUAGUACACAAGUCCGGCGACCUGUUACUUAACCUUCUAAACGACCUGUUACUUUUCAGCAAGAAUCAGAUAGGACAGCAACUAAGUUUAGAGGAGAGAGAGUUCCGAUUGAUCGAUAUCAAGACGCAGAUCAAUACCCUGUUUACCAAACAGGUGACGGAAGGAGGCAUCAACUUUGGAGUUCGCUUUAUCGGGGUUGAUGCGGAUGAAUUUCCUUCAGAAGCUUCGAAAAAGGCUCUUCCUGCUCUCGGGCCGUCAGGUGUGAGAUUGAAGGACAUGUGCCUCUGGGGCGAUCACAACCGUAUUCUGCAAGUCAUUAUCAAUCUUGUCGGCAACGCGCUAAAGUUUACGCCCCCCAACGGGAAGGUGGAAGUCCGUAUUAAGUGUAUUGGUGAAGCAGAAAGUACAUCUGAUGGCAGUCGGAACUCUAUGAACUCCAAGCAAAGCUCCCAGAGAUCGAGGAAUCGACACCGAAAUGACUCUGAAUCGAACGCAUCGCAGAUGUCCAAGAAGCCGUCAAGUCCUUCACAGCAGCCCGCUGGAACCGCAUUACUGAUCAAUCCCAUGGACCCCAAAUCGAUUCCUCGAAUCCAAGUUCGAGAGCGCUCGAGGAGUCCACCACCUCUGAAUGCAAAGAGUCUGUGGUUUCAGUUUGAGAUAGAGGACACCGGACCUGGAAUCCCAGAAGCUAUGCAAGAAAGAGUCUUUGAGCCUUUCGUCCAAGGCGAUCUUGGUCUAAGCAAGAAGUACGGCGGCACUGGCCUUGGAUUGAGUAUUUGCUCCCAAUUGGCUACUCUCAUGGGCGGCACUAUAACCCUUGAGAGCAAAGAAGGGGUUGGAUCAACCUUUACUAUGAAGAUCCCACUUAGACAUACGAAAACCCGGGCACCGUCCACAUCUAGCUCAGAAGUUCAUGGUUCUCGAGCACCGAGCAUCUCUGAUGAUGGUCCUCCUGACUUCACGCAUAAACUACCGUCAAAUGCAAGUCCAAGAAGCGCAAUGGACAAUGACAAGCAACCCCGACUAGUUGGCCUAAGUCAACCCUUUUUCGCCGUACCACCCAGUCCGCCUGCAACGAAGGAUCCGGAAGACCAACUCGCAGCGUUGGAUCGAGCAGCUGCAGCAAAGGAACCCGGCUCGAAACUUCGAGUCUUGGUUGCUGAGGAUAAUCUUGUCAACCAAGAGGUCGUUUUGCGCAUGCUCAGUCUAGAAGGCAAAUUCGACGUUGUUGUAGCAAAGGACGGCCAAGAAGCUUACGAUACAGUCAAAGCAGAGAUGGCCAAAGGCCAGUACUUUGAUGUCAUCUUCAUGGACAUUCAAAUGCCAAAUCUUGACGGCCUCCAGAGUACUCGUCUCAUUCGACAAAUGGGAUACUCGGCUCCUAUUGUGGCUCUGACGGCUUUCGCAGAAGAGAGCAACGUCAAAGAGUGUCUGGCAUCUGGCAUGGAUAUGUUCCUCAGCAAGCCUAUUCGACGCCCAGCAUUGAAGCAGGUCCUGAAGCGUUUCGCCACCAUCCCCGAGGAGAACGAAACAUCGUCCGUAUCGAACACCAAUAACGCCAGCAGCUCUGCUCCAUCGGAAAUCGAAGGAAGUAGCAAAUCUGAAGUUUCUAAACUCCCCGACGCUCCCAUCGUACCAACAGCAAACGGCAGCACUCUCUGAUGGUAAUGAUGUCUCACUCCCCCAGGAUAUCUACCACUUACUCUUCAUUUCGGAGGACGACCUAAUACCCAUACCCUCCAUUUUUAAUUAUGUUUCUUAAUUGUACGAUACGAAUUUCAUUUG